GUUGUGAUCUUUUUCACGAGUGAAAUUGCUCAAGUCAAAGUAGUUUGAGACAGGGGUAUUGGAAGGCAGUAAUAAUUCGGUUUGAGGUUGUCUUUCGGAACCGUGUCUGUAUCAGCUUUUGUAGAUUUUGCUGAAACCGCAUUUUUGAUUGAUUUCCCGAUGUACAUGAAAGACCAAAUUUUGCUUGAUAUUUGGAUCAUUGAAUUGCAGUCCAUAUCAUUCGACUGUUAUAAUCAUGGGCAGUUUUUCAAGGCAAGAUAAGAGACUAGUUUUGUUGUAUAUGAUACAAAUGGGAUGUCAAUUAACGUUUGCAAAUAAAUGAAUAUGCAUGAAGGUAACUAACAAACCACCCAGAUGACGUGACAGGAAAAGCAUACCAGCACCAACGCUCAGAAAAACAUCAAUACUUUACUUUCAUGGAAAAAGAGAAUUCGUACCAUAUAAACGGUGUUAUUGUGAUAAAAGUUAACCAACCAUGUGACAAUUCUAUUCUUGAAUCACCUUGCGGGCGAAGGAACGAACCUACACACUGGAGAGUUGAUUAAAUGUUGAAUUUACUUUCUAGACAAGUUCACUACUUAGAACCUGCUCUCAAGUAAGGCUGAAGACAAACUUUCGAUGUGGGGAAGGCAAUCAGUAGCUGGAACCCUGCUUAACAACAAUGCCCCAUUAACAUUCAUAUACAGAAGCCCGACAAACCAAGCAGCUGAUGUCUCCAGACUGAUCAGUCCAGCCAAAUAUGUGUUAGCUCAAGUAAACACAUGCACUAGUUCCCUGCUUCUUUGGCAACGUCUUUGUCAUCAUCUUUGGCUGCAUCUAGGGCACUCUCUGUUACUAAAGCUGUCUCCUGAUUCUUGGCAAUAUACAGAAAACUGUUUU